CGUCCGCCAUAAUGUCAUUAAACCGCCUUAUCCAAACGCUGCCACGCCGCUGCGCACAGCGCGCCCCAGCCGUCCGAACGACCAUUGUGCGACGCCAUCUUAACAAGGACACGUCUCCCAUCCUCUAUACAGCCCAUGCUAGCGUUACAGGCGCAAGAAAUGGACACAUCCAGAGCGAGGGUCUCACCACCGAUCUUGCAACGCCUAAGAGCCUGGGAGGCGCCGGCGGAAAGACAAACCCCGAGGAAUUAUUCGCGGCAGGGUACGGCGCGUGUUUCCAAUCCGCCAUGAACAUUGCGGCCUCGCAGCUUGGUGUCAAGCUGCCCACGAAGACACAAGACAGUAUCGUUGAGACGGCCGUCCAUCUGAUUGGGGAUAUGAAGGCGGUCGAUUUGGGGAUCCGGGUUGAUAUGAAAGUAAAGGUCAAGGGUAUUAGCAAAGAGGAUUUGGACAAGGUUGUUGCCAAAACGAAGGAGAUCUGCCCGUAUAGCAAAGCUACACAAGGCAAUGUUUCUACCAAUAUUGAGACGAUAAUCCUGUAGAUACUUAUACUUUAAAUUUUAGAUAAAGAGAAAAAAAAUAAAGUGCUAUGGUUUCAAUCCUAGUAAGAA